GGCGAGCCGCGCCCGCUGCAGGCGCUGCUGGACGGCCGCGGGGUCUGCACCAACGCCAGCGCUUUGGGUCGCCUGCGCGCCUACCUGCUGCACGGACAGCCCGCGUCAGGAAAUGCCAGUGAGUCGGAAGAAGAACACAGUACUGGGAGCAUGGAAAACCAAGCGCUCCCCAGCACACAUCGGGUGCCAGACUCCAAAUUCCAUCCCCUCCACACCAAAAUAGACGUUAUCAAGAAGGGCCAUGCCAAGGACAGCCAGCGCUAUAAAGUGGACUAUGAGUCUCAGAGCACAGACACCCAGAACUUCUCCUCUGAGUCCAAACGGGAGACAGAAUAUGGCCCUUGCCGCAGGGAAAUGGAGGACACGCUGAACCACCUCAAGGUCCUCAACGUGCUGAGCCCCAGGGGCGUUCACAUCCCUAACUGCGACAAGAAGGGCUUUUAUAAGAAAAAGCAGUGCCGCCCUUCCAAAGGCAGAAAGCGAGGCUUCUGCUGGUGUGUGGACAAGUACGGGCAGCCGCUCCCAGGCUACGAUGCCAAGGGGAAAGGUGACGUCCACUGCUACAACAUGGAGAGCAAGUAGACGCCUGGCACGGCCGCUGGGACUCAGUCUGGCCACGACGUAAGCCUCAGAAACCUCUAUCCCUGCUGAAGGGCUGCGCCUUCCCCACUGGGCUGCUCCUCCUGGUAACACUGAGGGUGAGAGGGAGACCAUAGCCUUGAGGACUGCAUGGCCAGGCCCUCCUGCCCUGGCCUGCUAUCAGGACUCCCAGCACAGACCCCAGAGAGAAGCAGAGCAAACAGGACAGACACAUCAGAGAGAGGCAGAGGAAAAGAAGGCCUGUGACCAAUCCCAUCUCAGAGACACUUUAUCUUAAAGAACUUGCAACACGUAAACCUUCAUACACUCACAAUGUAAAGAUUUUACAAGUUAAGCCUUUUCCAUGCAAGCGUGUUGGUUCCCUUAUCUUUGCAGGUAAAAUGUUUUAAUCCAAAAGGACUCGUUAAAGAAACAUGUUUCUAAAUUAAAGACGUGGCUUUUUUUUUUCCCUUCUGUAAAGUAUAUUAUGAAUAUUCUGUUAGCCUGUGGAUAAGAUAAUUUUAAUAAAGUUUUAUUUAAAUCUAAUAUGAAAAUGAAAUUUUAAACCAUCAUUUUCAAGAGCGCUAUUACAAUUGAUAUUUUUUUCUUUUAACAAA